AUGAUUGAGCGACACUACAUGGAUGACUAUCUGGAGAGCUUCGACAGUCCAGAAGAGGCCAUUGAGAGGGCACUUGAGGUAAAACUCGUACACGCAAAAGCCGGCUUCGAGAUCCACUCUUGGUCGUCGAACUCCACCGAAGUUCUGGAAGCAGUUGGUGAAAAGGACCCUUCGGCAGUUAAAAAAAUCGAUGCAGGUGAUUCAACUCAGACCGAAAGAAUAUUGGGUAUGCUGUGGUUACGGAAGGAAGACGCAUUUACAUACUCAUCAAAUCUGGGACAUGUCCCGGAAUGGCCGACCAAGCGAGAAGUCCUUCGUGUGGUCAUGUCUCUUUACGACCCGUUGGGCCUACUCUCCCAUUUCACCAUACACGGACGAGUCCUGAUCCAGGAUGUUUGGCGCAGCAAAAAGGCGUGGGACGAGAAGGUUCCUGAGGAACUUCAAAUCCGGUGGCUACAAUGGGUCUCUCUAUUCAAUCAACUCAACCUGAUAAGGAUUCCUCGACAGUACUUCCCAUCGCGGAAUACUGCCGAGAUUGGUUUACUUCAGCUUCACGUCUUCGUAGAUGCAAGCGAAUCUGCCUACGCUUGCGCCGCAUACUUGCGAUCCGAAUUUCACGAUAAGGUGUCGUGUGUAUUAGUUACCGCUAAGUCCCGAGUCGCACCGCUCAAAACAGUGUCGAUACCCAGAUUAGAGCUCCAGGCUGCAGUGGUUGGAAGCAGAUUGAUGGAGUAUGUGGAGCAGACAUGCUCAUUGAACAUCUCGCGAAGGAUCGCAUGGACAGAUUCUCAAACUGUAUUAGCGUGGAUCAACUCAGAUGUAAGGAAAUAUAAUCAAUACGUAUCUUGCCGAGUGGGAGAAAUUCUCGAAAAAACGAAUGCCAGUGACUGGAGAUGGGUGUCAUCUAAGCUUAACGUAGCAGAUGAGGCCACCAAGUGGGGAUCAGGGCCAGACUUGUCGUCGGGUAGCAGGUGGUGGUCGGGUCCUAGUUUUCUCUACGACGUCGAAGAAAAAUGGCCAACACAACGUCCGAAACAUACGGACCCUAACACAGAACUGAAGAUGCGUAAACCAGAAAUCAUCACCGUUCAUCACGUAACCCAUGGCAAUCUUCUGGACAUCAAAUGGGAACGUUUUUCCCAAUGGAAUAGACUUGUUCACGCUCUAGGAUAUGUUCAUCGUUAUUUCAACAUUGUUCUCUGCAAAGCCAAAAAACUAACAAAUCCAAACAUUAUCUUUGGCCGAGACGAAUACCUGGCGGCCGAAAGACUGAUAUUUCGCACUGUACAAAAGGAAACGUAUCCAGAAGAAAUACGGGUUUUAGUGCAAAGUUCUCCUAAAGAUGAUCGGACAUUGAAACGUAAUAGCCCUCUGGCCAAACUCUCGCCUUUUCUCGACGAGCAUGGAAUAAUGCGGAUGGAGACGAGAAUCAGCGCCGCUGCGUUCCUAUCGUACGAAACUAGAAACCCUAUAAUACUUCCGCGAGAUCAUCGAUCAACCAAGUUACUUGUUCUAUGGUACCACGCAAAGUAUUUCCAUCAAAACAACGAUACUGUUAUAAAUGAAGUGAGACAAAAAUUUCACGUUCCAAGACUAAGAUCUUUGCUACGCCAAGUCCAAAAAGAAUGUAUGCACUGUAACGUCUACAAAAUUAAGGCUGUUGUUCCACGAAUGAGCCCACUUCCCACCGCUAGACUAGGAGCUUUCUUCCGUCCGUUUUCGUUUGUAGGCCUCGAUUAUUUUGGACCUUUGACUGUGAAAAUAGGCCGCAGCACCGUAAAACGAUGGGUAGCAUUAUACACAUGCUUGACUAUUCGAGCAAUACACCUCGAGGUUGUGCAUUCUCUGACAACGAUUUCGUGCAAAAUGGCCAUGAGGCGGUUUGUCGCUAGAAGAGGAUCACCGAUAGAAGUGUACACCGACAACGGUACCAAUUUUUGGGGAGCGAGAAACGACCUGAUAGAGGAGUGUAAACAGAUAAACACAGAGUUGGCAUACAUUUUUACGAACUCGUCCACCAAAUGGUACUUCAAUCCUCCAUCCGCGCCUCACAUGGGAGGAGUUUGGGAACGGAUGGUGAGGAAGCUACCAGAGAUGACUAUAACCAUAACCGACAUCUUAUCGAUAUCUUUUGGCACCGCAAGGCGAACGAAAUGGUUCGAGGAGACGAAGCCACUGGAGGAACAGGAUUUGGUCGUGGUGAUCGACGAAACGAUUCGCAAUGGAUGGGUACGAGGACGUGUACUUAAGGUCAUCAAGGGUUCCGAUGGACGCAUACGUCGAGCUGUUAUACAAACCUCUACCGGAACGAUUACGAGACCAACGGCCAAAAUAGCGCUUCUUAACUUAACCAACAGUAAGGCUCCUGAUAAUCACUUGCCUUACGGAGGGGAGGAUAUUACCGCGACUAUGGCCGACCCUAAAUAG